CCCCCAACUGUUCAUCAUAUAAGUCUCUCACUGAUUUAACAAACACACUUCCCCCCUACACUGGUCUUCCAGAUGUAGCUGACCCCUAUGUUAUUGAUCCCGUUUUAAUUCAGAAUGCUAACUCCCAAUGCCACAGUUAUCCAAAACUUCUCAUUUACAUGGUUGCUUGCCAGAUGUUCACCUUGGGUGAAAUCAGAGGCCGCAAUUAUUUGGGCAAAAGCUCAAAAACAAAUUUAGCUAAAGGAAAAAUAUCUAUUCCAAAGAAAAAUGCAUUGGAAGCUUCAGUGGCUGUUCACUUUCCCUCGCUCAAAAAGAAAGAAAUUUCAAGAUUGUCAAGGGAAGUUGUAAACAGAAGAAUACGAUACAUUUUUACUGAACGUUUGGACACCUUCCCUUGGUUCAUGCUACAUUAGACCUUCUUGCCAGUCUGGCUUACAGGCAUAGGCUUGGUCUGUGUGUGUGUGAUCCAAGCAGAUUACAAACAAUAUGCCAUUCUGGAACUCCAGGCACAGGCUCUUUAUAUGAGUCUUACAUGUAUGGCAAGCUCUGGCUUAUAGAACAUGUAGAAUGGUGAGGCAUGUAUACAUCAAGCCAUUUUGAGGAUCUGUACAUGUAGUUAUUACAGGAUGUUCAAUAG